AUGGCUGAGAAAGCUAUCCCUCAAAAUUCUCGUCAAAUGCUUUCUGGUCAAAUUCCAUCUCCUGGAGGUGUUCAACAACAACCACAUGUUCCAAUGGCUUCUGACUAUUUUACAGAUCAAGAUAGACGUUCAUCAUAUAUGUAUGAUCAACAAAGAAGUCUUGGAGGAGGAGCUGAUAUGAUUCCACCUGAUUUCAGUCAUAGUCAAGACCCAUCAUAUGGAUAUCCAAGUGUUUAUAGAAAUCCUACUUAUCAAGCUCCUCUUUCUCAAUAUCCACAACCUCAAUCACAACCACCUUAUAAACCAACUGACCAAUCAAAAUUUAAAACAGUUUCAGAAGUGAAUAAACGACCGGAUAAUAUCCAAGACGAUAAUAUACAAAUAGCUCCAAAGAAACCGCCUGAGGCUUAA